GCAGGCGUGUUUAGGGUUGAAUCCCCUGCCCUGGGCGCCCUUUUUUCCCUCGUACAGGUGGGUGGGUUGGCCUCCGUCCUCUCUCGCAUCCAGUCGCACCAGUCUGCGUCUCUUUCCGUGCCAGACUUUCUCGCUCCCAUUAUUCCCAGUCCUGUUCCUCCUCCUGAAUACGAAUCCUCAUUCCUCAAACCCUUCAACCUCCAUAUCCACGCUCUUUCAGGCACCACUAUUUGUCAAACAACACACUUUUUUCUUUAUUCUUGUCGAUCGUUACCACUCUCUUUGUCGUCAUUCUACGCCUCUUCUACCUUGGAUCGGCGACUGUGUCGUUGGCAUCUUUAUUUCCUUAGCUGACUCCAAAGAAAGUCGACUUCGACCAGCCAGCCCACGCCCUCACAGACAGCACUGCACACGGACACAGCCCUCCAGCGCCCGGUCCUCGCGCCACCCAGCCUGCGCCUAGCCAUCACCAAACCUCGUCCUAGUCUUCUUCGAUCAACACUCUUCUUUACUUCUCGAACCUAUCUUGACAAAGAAACAAAAGUACCUAGUGUAAUCGACCGCGACGAGAAACCGCCGACCUCGUCGACCCUUCAUGCCCUCCUACGGAUCACUGCAUUCUCCCUCCUUGAAGAAACACAACAUGUUGGAAGCUCGAAGAGGAGGCAGAAUCGACUUCGGUCAUAUCAUUGGCGACCCUUUUGCGCUGGCCACGAUUUCCAUCAGCUUGCUCGCUUGGCUCAUUGCCUUCAUUUCCUCCAUAAUUGCGAACGUGCAAGAUCCGUUCCCAAAAUAUGCUUGGUGGACGGUUGCCUACAUGUUGUGCUGCAUCCUAGGUGUCGCGUUUGUCUUCGCAACGAACUCCAGCAAUAUCUAUAGCAUGGCUGUUGUUGGAUAUCUCGCAGCUGGUCUCGUCAUGACGACCUCGGCCGUCAACUCGCUCGUCUAUCAGCCUCAAGGUGCCAUGGAAGCUGCAGCUGCAGGCCACAUCUUGCUUUCAAUGGUAGCUAUCAUUUGGAUAUUCUAUUUCGGCUCCGCGCCUCAAGCCGCCCACCGCGAAUUCAUUGACCAAUUUGCUCUGCAUAAAGAGGCGAAUGGGUUCCGAGGCCCUGCUCAGAACAUGACGAAUGCUUAUGACCGCCCACAGACGACAGCAUCGGCACAGCCGCCUCAGAUGUACACGUCCGCCCAGUUGAAUGGCUUUGAGACAUCAUCCCCAGUGUCAGGAUACCCUGGCGGACCGGCAGGCGCAACGCGAGCUUCAGCACAACCCAUGAACACGAGCAGCACCCCUGCUCCAACAUCCGAAGUCGCGCCUCCAACGGAAUACCCCUACCGUGCAAAGGCCAUCUAUAGCUACGAAGCCAACCCAGACGACGCCAAUGAGAUCAGCUUCAGCAAACACGAAAUCCUCGAGGUCUCGGAUGUCAGUGGAAGAUGGUGGCAGGCAAAGAAAGAGAAUGGCGAAACAGGCAUAGCCCCUAGCAAUUACUUGAUCCUGUUAUGAGGUCAUGCAUGUCGACUUUGAAACACUUCUUACAAGAGAUGGACACGACAGGUGUCGGGCACCAUAAUGCAGGACCCUGCACCUUCUAACGACUUCCUUUGAUGAUAUUGCACUUCUCUUCUUUUGCACAAGGUCUUCCCGAAAUAAGUCACCCCUGUUGCUUUGUUGUGUUCCGACAUGUCUGGAUUCACCUCCACCGCGACGAGAUACAACGAUGCUGGGGGGCCGCCAUAUUAGGCAGGGACAGCAUUGAUUAUUUCCUUUUCUGGCUGAACUACGAUGAAAUGGGUGUGAAAUUAUCCAUGGACCUGUACAGGCGUCCCGGCGCAGCCAAGCCGGCGGCAGGCAGGCAGGCAUGGUUUUGUUUGAGGUUACACAGGUUACUGUCGGAGUGAUUAAGCGGGUUUUUCUUGGUUGCUUCGGGUUUGGGCAUCUCCUCGUCUCCGCUUCUUCUAUCCAGGAGAUCAUCACGGCAACAGUGUAGCAAUGAUUCAGAUUGUUUCCAGGAGCUGGAUUUGGUCCCUUUGGAAAUAUGCGCUUCUCGUGGGAGCAGCUUCUAGGGAGGUCUAUCGUGCGGAGCAGUCCGAACAAGGUACACACAGGCGGUAUCUAAUGGAGUUUCAGUUGGAUGAAGGCACUUGAAGGUCGAAUAUGCUAUGAUAGUUGAAUCAUGGGUUUUGAGAAUCGAGUCAUACAGAGAGAACAAAAGCAGAAUACAAAGAUCAAAUCAGCAAUGGAUUUCAAACUGAA